AUGAAUCCCCCUACUUUCUUUGGCUCCAAGGUGGAAGAAUAUCCACAAGGAUUCAUUGACGAAGUGUUUAAGGUUCUAGAGGCUAUGGGUGUGUCUUCUCAAGAAAAGGCGGAGUUAGCCGCCUAUCAACUUAAAGAUGUGGCACAAGUCGGCUAUGCUAAUCCCAACAUGGACAUUUCUCGUCUUAUGGUUCAUGCCGAACAAAUUGAGGAGAAAAAGCUUAAGAAAGUUGGUAGAGAAUUGAAUAGGUCAAGGGCCGGUGAUGGAAAUUCUUCUAAGGUUAGGUUUGAAAUCCAAGAUAAGCCAAAGUUCAAAAAGAGGUUUUCCCAUCAAGGUCCUCCUAACACUCCAAGGGUCAACAUAGGCAAAGUGUCUACCCCCAAGCCUCAAGAAACAAAAGGUGGUGGUCCUUAUGUUGAGAAGCCUAUUUGUACAAAGUGUGGCCGAAAAUAUGAAGGCAAGUGCCUAGUUGGCACGGGUAAUUGUUAUGGUUGUGGUAAGAGCGGCCACAUGAGGAGGGACUGCCCUAUACUAAAGGCUCAAGGAAGGGAAAAUUCUCAAGCACAAGCAAGUGGCCCAAAUCCCGAUGCUCCUAAAAAGAAUCGCUUCUAUGCUCUCCAAUCCCGAGGACUUGAACUGUGA